AUGGAGACAAAGGUUAGUGAAUCUUCCUCCUCUGGUCCAAGACAUUCAUUUGAAGUAAUUAAGAUAUGUUCAGAUCUACUUAAAAUUGCUGAGAGAUUCUGAUUUGACAGAAUCAAUUUGUUCCAAUGGACAUCAUAUGUGGAACUUAUUCUACAUGAGGAAUCUGGAUUGUCACCUAACACAAUCCUCGCCAAGUAUUGACAACUCAGGAUAUUAUCAGUGGAAAGAAGAAGAAACAUUGAUUCAGUAUUAGAUGCUAGACAAUAUUUCACUAAAGAUAAGUGAGAUUUUUUUUUUAAAUCUGUGAAGAAAUUAUGAGACAAUGUUCGUCGUGUUCACUCUACUAAACAUGACAAAUCCCAAAUUUAUAGAUUGGUACAGAAAUCUCUGACUUUGGUACAAGGAACAUUGACUGUUCUAGAAUAUUCUUGCGAAUUGGAAUCUAUCUGGAGAGAAAUCGACCACUACAGACCAAUCAAUAAUCUUGAUACUCAAGAACGAAAUUAUGUCAUAAAAGAUAGGUUGUAUAAAUUUCUGAUGGGGCUAAAUCUAGAAUAUGAGACUAGUAAAUCAGAUCCUUGCUUGAGAAGUAAUACCAGAUAUUGAAGAGGCAAUUGCAUUAACCAGACAAGAAGAAAAUACUAUAAAUUUGAGAAAUAAUUUAAAGAUAGAAAAUGUUGCAUUCAACACUCUCAAGGGUAAAGAUACCUAUGUAUUAAAAAAGGGGGAUAGUGAAGUACCAUUCAUCAAAGGAGAUCCUAAGACUGAUCCGAAGGCACACCUAUUUUAUACUUAUUGUCGGAAAAAUCGUCACACUAGGAAGACAUGCUGGAAGGUCCAUGGCAAACCACCGAAUUAUGGUAAGUUGCAUUUGGCUAAUGCUCAAAAUGAAGAUGGUGUUGAGCCCAUGAUUUACGGAGGAGUUAGUCAAGACGGAUCAACUUCUUCUGAGCCUUUAGAAAUUGAAAAACUCAGAGAAGAAAUUGAAUAG